UGCUGGUGCAUAAUCGAAUUCCCGAGCUCCGGAAUUAGCCGCAGCGUGGGCCUGGCACUGGCUACUUGCAAGUUGCUUGUGCAUCAUUCCAUGACAUCCAAAUAAUUCUCGCGAGACCAAGACCCCAAUUCCCUCAAUCGACCAAUUGAGCGGACCAUGGCUGCUAGAGUGUUGCUACAACGGCGCGCCGCGCCGUUGGCAGCUACGGUUAUGCUGGGAGGAUUCGCCCUGGCCCCCCGAACUGCCCACGCUGAAGCUCCCGAGAGCAGCCAGCCCAAGAAGCCCAUCUACGACGACUUGGAGCUCCCCGCGACGAGCGGAACCCUUCCUCCUCCGAUCCCCCGGGCCGAGCAGCCUCCUCCGGCCGAAGAACCCAAGACCCGAGGACCUACGCCCACCGACCGUCUCGCCGUCCAGAUCGGCAAGGCGCGUCUGGCCCUCUACCAGUACGCCGUCGGCGCUGAGGAUGCCGUCAACCAGACGAUGGACAAGGCCUUCAACCUCGAGCAGUCCUUCACCAGCACCAUCGCGUCCCUUGCGCCUCCCCGCGAGAGCGGCGAGAAGCUGAUGCCCGGUGCCAUCUACGUUCUAGUCGCCGCCAUGGCCGGCAGCAUCGUCACGCGCAACCGCAGCAUCAUCCUGCGUGCCACCGCUCCCCUGGCCCUCGGUAUCACCGCCGGCUGGACCGUCCUGCCCAUCACCAUGGGCAACGUCUCCAACCUCGCGUGGAAGUAUGAGCAGCGCUUCCCCGUCGUCGCCCAGGGCCACCUCAAGCUCCGCGAGAGCAUCGAGAACAGCUUGCGGAUGGCGAGGCUCCACAGCGAGAUUGGUGUACGAUAUGUCGACGAGAAGGUCACGGACGCCCGGGAAACCGUCGAGGACUGGGUGAAGAAGGGCAAAUAAAAGAACGGGCGGGACUGUACCAUAGAAGCGAAUAGAGUCGCUGCGCACGGUUCCUUUGUAAU